UCGCGAAGUCGCUCAUCACUUUUUCAUCUAUAUUUUGUCUAUAGCUAAAAUGGCAGGUGAUGAAAGUGACAGUGAACUCAAGCCAUCAAGUGUCGCAAUCAUCAGAGAAGUUUAUGACAGUGAAAAUGCUCACAUCAAAUUUGAAAUGGAAUUGGAAAGAGCACUGGAGGCUGGCGUUAGUGUUAUCGUAAUUGAACCAGAGCCCCUUGGUGAAGAAACAGCUCGUUGGAUUUAUGUUGGAAACCUCUUACAUAAAGUCUCUGUUUACAGUGGACUCUGCAGCAUUGCUUCUGGUCUUGCAUGGAGUUCUUUAGCAUGUGCUCCAUUUGGAGUAGUGUCAGUCCUGUGCGCUGGUUGUUACACAUUAUCAUGGCAAUGGGACCCAUGUUGUAAAUAUCAAGAAGAAAAGAACCGUCGUCACCUUGCAAGGCUCCCAUUGUUGAGCGAUCUCACAUCUGCAUCACCUGUUGUACUUGUUCACACAGAUAACAAAAGAAAAAUCAUUUUACAUAAUACAGUUUCUGUAGCUGCUGCUGCCAUUUGUCUAUGGAGACUAUAUAAUAUAUUUAAAUAGGAUUCUUCACAUAGCUUAUAAAAUUAGCAUUGUGCCUGACAUGCUGAUAGUAAAAAUUCAGAUUAAGUUUGUAGCCGAUUGUGUUGUUUCUGUAAGUAACCAAACUGCUGUAAUUAAGUUGUAGGAAGCUGUAUA